AUGAGCAGGCUGUGGAUACAGAACCCGAAUAGAUACUCAGACGAAUACUUGGAUGGAAUCGAGGAUUUCAUUGAGUUUGCAUGUAGACACAACCCGAGUGCAACUAGAAUCCGUUGUCCUUGUAGGAGGUGUAACAACACAUUGUGGGAGACAAUUGAAAAUGUUGGAUUUCAUUUAGUAAGGAAUGGAAUGAUUGAGACAUAUAGCAUUUGGAACCUUCACGGGGAACAAUUAGACAAUGCUUUGUCUUCAAAUACCAUAAGAGUGGACAAUGUUGAACCUAUUGUGGAUCAUAAUGAACAAGUGAUGGAUAUUAUCAACGAUGCUUUUCCAUUUGCAUCGACGAACAUCAAUCAGGAAGGGGAAGAUGACGUGUCUACACCAAUGGACAGUGCAGAGUUCGAACAAUAUGAAAAACUGUUAAAAAAUGUCAACUAA